CAGGAGCGUACAGGGAGUCACAAUGUCGCUGCAAACAGCGGUGCCGCGGGCGUUCGGCUCCGUCUUGGGGCGGGCCCCCGUUGCCCUUGGGCAGGGUCUCCUCAGCAAUGGCAGUAAGGGCCAAGGAUUUAAUGGCACCCUGCAGAACAUUAAUGACCAGGUCUACGCUCAGGCAUUCAGCACAAGCAGCUCUGAGGAGGAUAAGCCGAUCAGCAACCAUGCAUCCGCUGGCAUCAAGCUUCCCGGGAUGGCUGGUAUGAUGCUGUUGGGCAAGACACGCACAGGGCUGCGGUCUUCCUCAAUCAUGCCGUUCGCAGCACAGCAGGCGAUGAACAUGUCGACUGCCCCCCAGGUGCAGUCGGGCGCCACCGUGAACUCGGUGCUCAUUGGUAUCUACCGCUUCUGGCGCAGCCAGGCCCCCAUGGAGAAGCCGCACGCCCCCGUGGACGAUCGCAUGCUGCCAGCCAUUGUGGACGCCUCGGACAAGCGGGCAGCCAUUGGCACUUGGGCCUCGGCACUGUUUUGCACCAUCCUGGCCUCCAACCUGUUGGGUCUGGUGCCCACCAACGAGGCCCCCACCUCGGGUCUGGGCUUUGCUACCGGCCUGGGUGUGAGCGUGUGGGCCACUGCCACCGCCCUCGGCCUAUACAAGCUGGGCUUCUCAUUCCCAGGGCACUUCAUCCCAGGUGGCACCCCCUGGCCCAUGGCGUUCAUCUUCGUGCCGCUGGAGACCAUUUCCUACACCUUCCGUGCGGUGUCCCUAGGUGUUCGAUUGUGGGUCAACAUGCUCGCCGGACACACUCUGCUGCACAUCCUGACGGGCAUGGCUCUGGCGCUGCCAUUCUCGCUGUCCUUCUUCGCCAUGGUGCCCGCCACCUUCGCCGUGGCCUGCCUGCUGUCUGCGCUGGUGGGUCUGGAGUACCUCGUGGCGGUGCUGCAGUCGGGUGUCUUCUCCAUCCUGUCCACCGUCUACGUGGGCGAGUUCAACAGCGUCAAGCUGGCGGGCCCGCUGGCCAAGGUCGUCAAGAAGCUGUGAGGCUCACCAGGAGGGCAGCGCGGUGGUGGUAGUAGUGUGUCAUGGAGGUGUGGCGCCAGUGGUUGGGUGUGCGGGUGAUGAAGCGCGGGUCGCGGCGAUAAUGAGUGGCUGUGGUAUGCGGUGCUUGGUUCCGGAGACAUGUCCUGUUGGACGGGUCUGGUCGGGCUGGGGUUGUGCGUCGGCUAGUGUUGAUAGCCGACAUUGAUUUCGCCCAUUUGCGUGUGUAAUACGAAGUGAGGUGUUCUUCCCUAGCCUUUACCUGCUCCAGUCCGACGCGAUGGCAAGGGAAUACGAUGCAGCACACCCUGCACGACCACAGCUUGGCGUAACGAGUAAGAUUGCUUGGCAACACGACGAAGCGAGCCAUAGGGAAUUUAAUGUGGGCGUGCGACAGUUGGCCAAGGUCAAUGCUGCAUGCCAUGGAUGGGGUUCUGGGUAUGGCACCAUUACCCUGCUUGCCUUUUAGUAGAUUGUUGCUUGUAAUACUUCGUGAAAUAUGAACGUCAUUGUUGCGCUCCUUCAAACAGCGUUGCGCAGAUAAAGAUGGGAAUCCGACCCUCCGGAGAUUAUAAAGCAGGCUAAUCCAGCAAUUUUCUUUGCCAAGUCGGCGGAGGCUUGCAGAGCAGAUGAGCCCUGCCCGCCCCGCCACAAAGCACAAGAAAACCACAAGCAGUAACAAAAUAUUUGCUCGUUAGGCGGCCAUAUCGCUAUAUACACACGUCCCUAGCCCACUCCACACUGCUCUAGGGACAUCACGCCCAGAGACUCCUGAAGCACUAGCCGUCAUUCACAAAUCACAUGACGGAAUUAUCGCAGCCCCCAGUGUGCACACAAACCUAACAAAUAUUUUUACCACUCACGAAGUAAUUGUGCAAUAGCCAGCGCCAGCUGCUGCUACUGCUAAUACCGCUGCUGCUGCUGCUGCUGCUGCUGCUGCUGCUGUGUCCGCUGUGUGAUCCACGCACGCCCUGCUAGCCGAGCUUCCAUCCGCCCAACAUACUAUAACCCCCAAUGCCG